AAUACUCAAAUACUAUUGAUUGGUGAAUCUCGAGGUUCACCCUAGGGGGUGAACCCAAGAAUUUCUCUUUUUGUUUUCAAUUUACUCCCAUGCGGUAAUGUAUAUAGUUGUACCAUGACCAAUGAGGGUGUUGAAAUCCACGGCUGAAAAACAUCCGGUGAGGGUGUUGAAUUCUUAUGUUAAUCUACAUGUUUUCAACAUGCCUUGGAAAGUUUCAGCUCUUGAAAAAAAAUUUUGUGGUCCCGAAAUGACACGUGGCGCACUGUGAGUGGGUAGAGAGGGUUGGGAGAGUGCACGCACGCGCGCAUGAUUACAUGAUUUUUUUUCUUUUUUUAAUUCACGAUAAUAUUUAAAUGCUCUCUUCUCAUUGGCUAUACAGAUUUCCUUUGAUAUUUAUCCCCACCCAAUAAUUAGAACCCAUUUAUUUAUAAUAUAACUAUUUUAAAAAAUAUCAAAAUUAUAUCAAAAUUCAAAUUUUUUUUUUAUCUAUAAAUAGAGACUACGCUCAUUUCGUUUGGAUACAGAAAAAAAACAUCAUUUUUUCAUUAUAAUCAACUAUUUUAGUGUUUAAAUCUUUUUUUUGGUUAAAUGGAUCCCAAUAAUAAUCAUUUUAACACCCAAAGCUCUUCUAAUUUUCCGUUUAACUUCCAAAAUUCCAACAAUUAUCAAUUUCAAAACCAAACUUCCAACCAACCCCAAAAUAUACCAAAUUAUGGUUUCCCACCAAAUUUCUUCAUGCCAUCAUCUAUUCUGAAUUAUCCUCCAAAUUACGGAUCAAUGAUGCAAUAUUUUUCUUAAACACCUCCACUUUCUUCUACUCCUUCCGAGAGAAACUGAAUUUCCCGAAUUUUCUACCCAAAUAGCUCUUGGUGGCAUGAGUGGUUCUAGCGAACUCAUUCCCGACGCAAAUCCAGAUGAAUCAGCUCAAGCUCGCCGUAGAAACCCUAAGUGGACCACCGGUCAAAACUUGGUGCUACGUAGUGGAUGGAUUAAAUAUGGGACAGACAGCAUUGUUGGCAUGAACCAGAAAAGCGAAGCAUACUGGAGUAAAAUUUCUGAGUACUGUAAUGAGCAUUGCUCAUUUGAUUCUCCCCAUGAUGGAGCUUCAUGCAUAAAUCAUUUCAACUAUUUGAAUAAAAAGUUGAGCAAAUGGAGUGGGGCUUACGAUAACGCUGGGCGUAUGCAACAAAGUGGAUGGUCGGAGAAUGAUGUAAUGUCAAAAGCGCAUGAAUUAUAUUCAAGUGGUAAGAAUGAACAUUUCAAUUUAAUGUCGGAGUGGCUUACUGUUCGUGAUCAACCGCGCUAUGGUAGUCAAGUAGAAGGAAAUACUAGCUCUACAAGUAAUGGAUCUAAGAGAUCCCAAGAGAGUGAUGCCAAUGAUUCGAACUCCGUAGGAUCAAACUCUGUAGGAUCAAGUGCUCUUCCAAUGGGGAGAGAGGCAGUAAAAAAAAAAGGCAAAAAGAAAAGCAAAGGCGCAUCUUUGGAAACCGUCAACGAAGAGUGGAAUGAAUACAAACAAUUCAAAGAGCAAGAAAUGGAAUGAUUGGACAAAAUAGCCAAGACACAAGAGGAGGCAAACCGAUUGAUGAAAGAAAAGAUUGAAACCAAAAAAAAUGAAGAUGUUCUUGAAGCUAAGUGAAAAAGAACAUCUUGAUGAGAAGAACAAACAGCUGUUAGAGAAGUUGAGCAACGAUCUAUUUGGAAAUUAGUAAUGUAUGUUUGUAUUUUUCUUUUAAUAAUGUGUGUUUAUAUUUUUCUUCCUUAAUAAUGUAUGUUUUUGUUUUUUCGACUUUAAUAAUGCGUGUCAUUUUUCACUUUAAUAAUUU